AUGUCGCAGGUCAUGCAGAACCACGUGCUGCGCGUUGGACAGACCGUGUGCGUUUCGUCGCGGGAGCAAAGCAGGACCCUGCGCCCGCCGGGGUACCCGGGCUGCUCGGCAAUGAACUGCGGCUACUUCUCACCGCAGGGCUGGGCUGAGCCACCCACAACGCUGCCCGGCGGGGGGCUGUGUGGAGCCCACCCCCAGUUUGGGCAUGAGGCCGUUCACACACAGGGGAUGGGGCAGCGGGAUACGCCCCUGGACAGACCCACAGCCUCCCAGCAGCCGGAGGAGGAGGAGGAUGCUGGCACGGAUCACCUGGUGUCCCCUACCUUGGACAUAUCCAUUGAGAGCCUCAACCAGCUGAUCCUUGAAAUCGACCCCACCUUUCAGCCGCUCACGUGUGAGCCAGGGAAGGACGUGGUCCAGCGCACGUUUCAGGGUGACGUUGCUGCCACCAAGAAACCGGAGCCAGAGGCAAUAGACAUUAAAUACAUCGAGAUGACGCCUGGCAGUGCCCUGAGUCCCGUGCUGCUGCGGGGCCCACCCAGCCCUUCAGCCCGUGCUGCUGCGGGGCCCACCCAGCCCUUCAGCCACCCCAAUCUCAAGGUCCCCCCAGGACCCACAAGCCCCCGGCUGGGCACCCGAAGCCGCGCCGUGUCCCCGACCAGCAGCAAAGCAUCCGAAUGCGUGGCUGUGCCCCGGCCAUGCACAGCUGCACAGACCAACAGCAUCUCCUAUGGCCCCGACACCCCCGGCUCCUCCCCGGGCCUGGACGCACUGCUGAGGCCAGUGCAGGUGGUGAGGGCGCAGAGGAGCAGCCACAUCUCCCUGCUGUCCACCAGCCCUGGCUCCGACACCAGUUACAUCCUUGGCAGCAGCACCCACUCUCUCCACCACGACGACUCGGACGCUCACCCCGCUGCCUGCGCGUCCCCCGCCAGCCCCUGUCCAUCCCCUGCCACCACCGGGUCUCGCUCUGAGGAACCUUUUGGGCUGAGCCUCCCCCAGCCUGUGGCUGCCUGCUCCCCCAAAGCCUCCCUGUCCCCAAAGGGCCAAGCCAGCAGCUGCCCUCCCUCCAUCCUCAGCUCUGCGGCCGAAAUCCCGGUGCUGCUGGUCAACGGGUGCCUGCAGCAGGCAGAGGAAGCAUUGGGGCUGCCUAGAGCCCCCCCAGCCAUCACCAAGCAGAGCCCUCCACCCAGCGGCCCCCCGAGGCUCGGUGGCCUGAACGCUGCACUGUCGGCACCAGCGCUGUCCUGCGCCCCAGAUGGUCCCCUCGGGACUGGGCAGCCCACCAUGAAGUUCGUGAUGGACACCUCGCGGUACUGGUUCAAGCCAAGCAUAAGCAGGGACCGAG